AGUCCAAUGUCUGAUGGGGUUUCAGAGCAAGUGAAAAAGUUUGUUUUCAAAUCAGUUAACAAUAGAGCGAGUGAAAACGAGAUAGAGACGCUAGAAAUACUGAUACCAGAGCAACUUCAAGCAGGUUACAGUUUUUACACGUGGCCAUCAGCACCAGUACUUGCAUGGUUCUUGUGGGAACAUCGACGUGAACUGCCGGGAAAACAUAUACUGGAACUUGGUUCGGGCACCGCGCUUCCAGGGAUUGUCGCUGCAAAGUGUGGUGCUGCUGUAACAUUAACGGAUAAUGCUUGUCUGCCGAAGAGCUUGCAACACGUGAAACGGUGUUGUGAAAUAAAUGGACUCCAACCAAACCAGGCAAGAGUCAUUGGCCUGACUUGGGGACUUUUCCUAUCAAGUAUAUUUAGCCUUGGUCAGGUAGAUCUCAUUUUGGGAUCAGAUUGUUUCUAUGAACCAGGUGUGUUUGAAGACAUUAUCGUAAGCGUUGCGUUCUUAUUGGAAAGGAAUCCACACGCAAAAUUUUUAUGCACUUAUCAGGAACGCAGUGCCGACUGGUGCAUAGAACAUUUAUUGCACAAGUGGAGACUGCAGUGCGAACAUAUCCCCUUAAACAACUUGGGCACAGAAUCAGGAAUAGACACUAGUGAAUUAAUGCAAGAUCACACUAUCCAUCUCUUAGAAAUAACAAGAGCUUGAUUUAU